AUGCUGCAAAACCUCCCCGACGAGGUCAUCCGAGAUAUCCUCGGCAGAUUACCCGUCAAGUCGCUCCUCAGAUUGAAAGCCGUGUCGAAGUGGUUGAAAGCCACCAUCUCCUCCGAUUCCGACUUCCUCCGACUGCAACUCCGCCGAUCCAAGCUGCAGAAGCUCUUCUACCGCCAGGAAAAAUACGUGGAAGGCGCCAGCGCCACCUUCCCACGGUUCCACCUCUUCCAGGCGGCGGACCAGGGAUUCCAACUCGCGGCGGACUGGGAUCUCGGAUGUCCCGGCAGCCAGUGCUGCGCCUACGUCGUGUUCGACUGCGACGGCUUGCUCCUCAUGGCCAGCCAUUGCGCUUCGGUCUUGAUCUUGUGGAACCCGACCACUCGAGAGGAGAUGCUGCUCGACGUACCGAGCGAGUUUGACGCCAUGGGUUCGGAAAUCUGUUACGGUCUCUGUUACGAUCAGGUCACCAUGAGCGGCCUCAAGGCGUUGGUUAUCUCUGACGAUGACGACCGCUAUGCGGUCUACUCGUUCGGGAGCCGGUCUUGGUCGGAGACCAGAGGGAUCCCACCUGAUUUGCGUGGGUAUAGCUUUUGGAAGGGGACGUGUGCGGAUGGUGCUGUGUUUUGGGUCGUGCACAGGAGAGCUGAGGCUAAGGAUGGUAAAAUUGUUUACUUUGAUGAGGUUAAGGAUUGUAAAAUUGUUUGCUUUGAUCCGAGGGAUGAUGAGGGAUGUCUGUGUAUUGUACCAUGGCCGGAGCACGUGAAGGAGGACUGCGAGGUUGACCUAGUUUCUUUGGAGGGUUGUUUGUGUUUGUUCUGUGUGGAUGGAGAUAGUCUGCGCAUUUGGAUGAAGGAAAAGGGUGGUAUGCAGGGGGUUUGUUGGAGUGAGCUGAUGGUGGUGGAGAACAUUGGGAAACUUGGGCCUGUAGAGAUGUUCAGUCCCGUGUGUUUCGUCGGGAAGAAUGAUGUUGAUUUAUUGCUGAAAUUUAAAGUGGGUGCUGUCGUGAAGUAUGUGGUGUAUAGCCCUCGGGAGAAGGAGUUUCGCGCAUUCCAAGAGACUGAUUUGUGCAAUUGCUGGAGUCCAUUACUGCAAUCUCUGAUGUUCCCUGAUAAAGGGGGAAAAGUAACUGAAAUGGAUGAAAUUGAAGAAAUGGAAGAGAAGACUAAUCUCAGUAAUUUCUAUCCUCCUAUAAUAAAGAAUGCUGAUCUUGAGGAACUGAGGGAGCUUGGAUCGGGCGCAUUUGGGACUGGCUCAAAUGUAGCAAUCAAACGAAUAACGAAGAGUUGCUUCACUGGCCGUCAGUCGGAACAAGAGAGACAGACUAUGGAAUUUUGGAGGGAGGCUGAAAUUCUCUCCAAGCUUCACCACCCAAAUGUGGUUGCUUUUUAUGGUGUGGUACACGAUGGCCCUGGGAAUACAUUGGCUACUGUCACAGAAUACAUGGUUGAUGACUCAUACAUCUGUUUGGUUUUACUUCGUAAUGCCAUUCAGCAUCUUGAUCGUCGGAAGAGGCUCAUAAUUGCCAUCUAUGCAGCUUUUGGUAUGGAAUAUUUGCACUCAAAGAACAUAGUACACUUUGAUCUGAAAUCCGACAAUUUGCUGGUUAACAUGAAAAAUCCUUCAAGACCUAUAUGCAAGUCAGUUCGAGGAACUCUUCCAUGGAUGGCCCCGGAGCUUCUGAAUGGAAGUAGCAAUAAAGUUUCCGAGAAGAUUCUCACUGGGGAGGAGCCUUACGCCAACAUGCAUUACGGUGCAAUCAUAGAUUUCAAAUUUCUGUUUAUUGAUCAGAGUAUUAUACAAUAUGCAUACAUUCUUAAAUUUGAUCGUACACUUGGCAUCGAUCCAGGAGGCAUCGUGAACAACACGUUGAGGCCAACAAUUCCAAGCUAUUGUGAUGCCGAGUGGAGGGCAUUAAUGGAACAGUGUUGGGCUCCUAAUUCUGUUUUGCAGCCUUCUUUUACCGAAAUAGCAAGUCGGGAUAACGAGUCGUAUGCGAACAAAUUAACAGUUAAUGAAAAGAGAAGUGUAGAAUUAAGCUUCCAGCAGACUGACAUUAUCAAUUUUGAUGCCUUGGCGGAAUUUCAUGACCAUCUCGACCUCAUGGCCGCUUGUUAUUAG